AUGCGUGGCGACCGCUCGCCCUGCUCUCACGCGCGCUCCUCACAGGACGAGGACGUCUCUAUCUAUCUGUGUGUGUGUGUGUGUGCCUGUCCUUCGCUCUCAGCUCCAUGCUAUACGUCAUCUGCCCCCUCCCAUAUUGCUCUUCCUGCUCCGCCUUGGCACAUGCGCCAGCCCACCCUCACCCACACGCACGCGCACAGGGAGUCAUUCCGUUUUCAUAGAAUAAGAGAGUGGCAGAUACGCAACGAGUCGCACACACACACACACACACAAGCAGCUCGAAUCGGCCCUUCUCCGCUACCGCCCACCCAGUCAUCUGCCCAGCUGCUCCUGUACAGGAGCGUAUCGCGGCGACGCCGUGUCUUGUCCUUCGCCUGCAGAGUCGGGCGUGUUCUCGAUAUUUCGCCUCCCUCCCUCCUCUCUCUCUCUCUUUCUCUGUGCGUGUGCGUGUGUGAGAAAGAGAGCGAAACACCGAUGUCCUCGGACGCCGCGCUGGAUGAGAAGCUCACGGAGCUGCUUCGCGUCAUGGUGAGUCGUCUGCCAGUCAACAAGACGCUGCCAGCAGCGGUUGUGCAGCAGCUUCUGCGCGCCAAGUACGGUGACACGUACCCGGAGGCGUACGUGGAAAGUUGCUCGGCGUUUAUCAGCGACACCGUCAUGAAGCUCAUGAUCGAGAAGGAGAAGGCUGCCACAGCGGUGACGGCGAACGGCGACGCCAGUGACGAGGAUGACGAUGAUGACGAUGACAGCAACGCAUCAGACGAAGACGACUCUGACGAGGGCGACUCGGAAGAAGACGAGGAGGAGGAUGCAGCAUCCGACUCUGACGAUGAAGACUUCGACUCGGACGACGAUGAUGACGACGGUGACGACGACGAUGACGACGCAGAGGAGCCAAAGAAGAAGAGUGUGCGUGCGGAGGAGGUGGACGGGAUUGUACUGAAGGAUCAGGAGGCGGCGGCAGCGCCCUCCUCGGCCGUGCCUGUGGCCGAGCGCUGCAAGGCCAUGGCGGAAUGCCUGCGCAAGCUGAGCUACCAUGUUCGGGCCCCCACCGCUGAGGAGAGCCUGGAGGAUUACCUGCGCGAGUUCCUCUUGGUCGAGUUCGAGAAGCACGGCAUGGACCCGAACAAGUACAGCAAAUCAGACAUCAAGCGCUACCGCAUCAAGCGCGAAGUGGAGCUGCUGCAGCAGGACGGAGCGAGUCUGAGCCUCGACCGCCGCAACCGUGCAGGCCGCGGCUUCAGCAAGGGGGCAGGCGGUAGCGGCUCACAGGCCAGCCCGUCUCCGUCGGCGGCAUCGGCGCGGCAAGCAUCGAUGUUCCUCGACGACGAGUAG